AUGUUGCACUCCGUUGCCAUGACAGCAGAAGUUCUCUUUGUUCUGGGGUUCCUGAUGAGCGGCGCUCAGUGUAAUCCUAUAGCGACCUUACCGGCGAGCAGAGAACGCCUGGAAAGAGUGCUGACCCAAGCCAGGGAGGACAAACAUCAGGACAUGCAGGCCGCAGAGACGCCGCUGGGAUACAGCGCUCAGCAGCGGCCGGAGGAAAUCAAUGCUUUGGGUCCCAACAGGACUGCCGUGAGCCGCGCCAGGCCGAACUCCCAGACACGUGGAUCUAAGGGCGGGAAGCCCCUGGAGUUGUGGACUGAGCAGGACACCCUGAACCAAAUAGACGAGGGCCCCACAAGUGACGUCGCUCUGUCCCUGGACGCCAUCGAUGAGUACGCCUACCCAGACUACAGGGGUAAAGGCUGCAUGGAUGAGAGCGGCUUUGUGUUUGCCAUCGGUGAGGAGUUCACCCCGGGCCCUUCGACAUGCCCUUGCCUCUGCACAGACGAGGGCCCUCUGUGCACCAAGCCAGAAUGUCCCAAGGUUCACCCUCGCUGCAUUAAAGUGGACACAAGCCAAUGCUGCCCCAUGUGCAAGGAGAAAAAGAACUACUGCGAGUUCCGGGGCAAGAUCUACGCCUCCCUAGAAGAGUUUAAGGUGUCUCCAUGUGAGAAGUGCCGAUGUGAGCCAAGCGGGGAGGUGUUGUGUUCGGUGGCGGCGUGCCCUCAGACUGAGUGCGUGGACCCGGAGUACGAGCCGGAUCAGUGCUGUCCCAUCUGCAAGACUGGGCCAAAUUGCUACGCGGACACAUCAGUGAUACCGGCCGGCCGAGAGGUGAAGAUUGAUGAGUGUACAAUCUGCUACUGCACAUAUGAGGAGGGCACGUGGCAGAUUGAGCGUCAGGCCACCUGCAGUAAGAACGAGUGCCAGCGGAGCUAGAGACUGGCACGGUCAGAGGGGAUUUUGGCACGCAACACCAGCGCCAAUCCGCAUGUUAACUCUCGGCCUUUCACUCAGUCUAUCGGACAUCAGGGUCGGACAGCAGC